AUGGUGUUAAGCAAGGAAAUGAAUCUAGGAACAGCCAUUAAUAUGUAGCUGAAUGAAAAUUAAAUUAGGCAAAGCUAAAACUUAGCUAUGUCAUCAGAAAUACCAUAGAUCAAAUUCUUUUGUGGAAAAAAUUUAGUGGAUAUACUUAAAGUUAAAUCUAACGUGCCAUCAAAGGAGAAAAUCUAACAAUUGAAGACUUCCUAACAAAAAAUUAAUGCUAAAGAAAAUCAAGAAAGACUCAAUCAUCAUAAGAAUAUUUUAGAUCAAACAAUGGAUCUUAAGAGAUCUAUUGAUUUCUAAUAAAACUCUAACAAAUCAUUUAUAUACAAAUUACAACUAAAACAAAUUGCUAAUGAUAUUAAUUUGCAAUAAUCAAAUAUUUUUUUGAAAUCAAUGGUAUCAAUAUAUAUAUCCUUAGCCUACUCACUGA